CAUCCAGUACCAGUUGCAAGAUAAAGUAUAUCAAGCGAUAGAAACAUAAGAAAAGCUGUACGAUUUACAAGCGAUUUACUUAUAGAUGAUGCUGAGAUUCCAAAUUAUUUAAAACAACGGUGAUUCGGUGCUAUUCAUAGCACGGGGCAAAGAAAAGAAAAAACGUUUUGGUUGGAUUUUUAACAGUGCACAAAAUAAGAUCAAGAGAAUCUAACUUGCGGUAAAGGUAGAUAGUGAGGAUAAUAAGAAUCCUACGCCACGUGAUCGAUAAGAUAAAAUAGCACACCUUAAAUACAUGGUGCCUAGAGCUGCACAGGCACAGUUGCGAAAUUUAUAGAUCGUCGCGGUUUAUUAUCUUGUGCAUGUUGGAAACAUCGUUAAUUUAGGCGUUCCGUGUGAAAAUUGUAAAUAUUUUAUGACAGCAUGGCAUCAGUAAUGCUACCACUGUUUAAUCCGGAUGUUCCCUGCCUGGGUGCCAUCCUUGGCGGUCUUCCAGUGGGGAAAAAAAUCAUCAUACAAGGCACGCUGACGAGCAACAGAUUUAACAUCAACUUGCAGUUAGGGCCCGAGGUUGCUCCACGGGACGAUACGGCGCUUCAUCUGAGCGUUCGGCCUAACGAACGUACCAUCGUACUUAACUCGUACGUCGGCCAAUGCUGGCAAGAUGAGGAACGCUCUAGCUCCUGCCCGAUCGCCAUAGGGCAACCAUUCACGCUCGACAUCAGAGUAGAAGAGUCUUGCUUCGUGAUCGUCAUCAACGAUGAAACGUUUACCACAUUUCAACACCGCCAACCGAACGAUAUGGUAAAUUAUAUUCAUCUAGGAGAAGGAGCCACCAUCGACGCCGUGGUGGAAUCGUUCUAAAGUAAGAGGCAUUCCGGCAUCAAAACAUCUUAUUCAGAAAGGAUACCGGAUCUUACACCGGAAUGAACAGGUUCAAGUUCGAGGAGAAGUGCGAAAGUGAAGUGAAGUUGGGUUUAUCCCGAGCUUAAAUCAAGUUUCUUCAAACUUCGAUCGGUUUUCAUGUAAUCAGGAUCGGUUUCUGUUAGGAAAUCAGAUCGUGUUUGCCUAAAAACUGUUCGAAUGUUACAAAAGUGUUUUCUGGAACGCAAAGACUAAAAAUGGAAGCUUUCAGUUUAUUUACGAAAAAUUGUGUAAAACCUUAUCAAAGGUGUCAUAGUUGCAAUUGAUAAGCAUGAGAAGAAAUAAAGAUGCUCCUAUGUUUGCACCUUUCAUUAUGUAUACCUGCUGUAGAUUAUAAAACGCAGUUUUACAAGCUUUCUAUGAUCAGUUUGAUAUUCGUAUUGCCAGUUAUUGUAACUCGUUUUAUAAGCACCGAAAAUUUUACAAUUUGCACUGUGUUUGGUUAAAGUCAUUGUACACGUGUGAAGUUUUGGACGUUAAAAAUUAAACAUGUACACAUCGGUUAGCAAAUGUUGUGCGCUGCAUUAAAGCUCGUAAUUUAGCAUUCGUUUCAAUCGCUGCUUUCAGUUUACUUUUAAAUGUUUCAUAUGGAGAUAGGUUUUUGAAUAUCAGUUUAAUAGAUUACCAAAAAUAAUAUCAUCCCGCGGUUUUUUGCUCGACAAUAAAAAUUGUCAUUUGCCCUCCCAUGUGCGGUGUAUCAAAUUGGAAAAUAUCUCUACUGCAGUUGCUCGAUCAAAAGUUCGAAUAGCGGAAUGUGAAUGAUAAUUCAAUCGACAUUUUUGAGAUGGUGUAGAUCUUUUUAGCGUUGGUUUGAAUUGUACAACUAUGUCUUAAAAGUAAAUAAAAAAUACUUAA